ACAUAAGGUAUACAAACAUUCAUACCUAAUUAUAAUGUGUGAUAGUGUAGGGAAGAGUGUGUGAAAUACUGCUGAGAAAAAUCUACGUCGGAGAGCAGCUUUAAAAAAAAAGCUAUGGGAAUGAAUCACAUCGUUUGUUCGGUGCAAAUAAGCCGUUAGUAUGUUUUUGCACUCCGGUGACACUUGUUGGAUUCUGUGCUCUCCUAAAAUAUAAUACAAUAAAAAUCUUUAAAAUGGACGAGGAACAAAUGUGGAAGGGGUUCUUUUUCAAACUGCAGGAACUUAAGAUGAAUCCACCCACAGAACACGAACACCAAUUACAAGAUGGUGAUGAUGGAUUCUUCGAAAAAUUUGGAUCCCUCUUACGGCAAAAGUCACAAAUAGAUGAGGGUGUUUUGAAAAGUUCUUUGGCUCCUUUUGCGGAAAAUGGCAGCGUGGAGACAGAAGAAUCCGACGAAAGUCCUGAUGGCUCCUCACAACUUGGCCAGGAUCCGGAAUGCAUCAGCAUCAAUACCUUUGCGACAGAUAGUGAACUGGCCUCGUCUCCUGAAUUUGAUAAUUUUCUGGACUCAACUCCUAUAAUGAAUGUCACAGAUCUGUAUGAAGAAAUUUUAUUUGAAAUUUACAACAACAUUGGCUGUGAAAACAACGAUCAGUGCACAAAUAGUUUGAUUGAAUUUGUGCAGGAUGCAUUCAAGAUUCCAAACGCAACGCAUUUGGAAAUUUGUGAGGCGGCGAGACUUAAAGAACCACCCAAUGUAAGGCUAAAUGUCGAAAUAAUAAAGGCCGAGAACUUAAUGUCCAAGGAUUCGAAUGGCCUAUCUGAUCCGUUUGUAACCCUCUACUUAGAAUCGAAUAGUUCCCAUCGAUAUAACUCAUCUGUAAAGCCUGCCACAUUAAAUCCUAUAUGGGAGGAGCACUUUUCACUGCCCAUUACCGAAAAUGCUCGAGACGAAGUUCUUAUCGUUGAAGUCUGGGAUUUUGAUGCAGCGGAAACGGUUAAAGAAAAAGUUAAUAAAAUACUCGAUGUCAAAGGAGUGAAGGGACUUAGUAAGUUAAUGAAGGAAAUAGCUGUAACAGCUUCAUCGGGAAAACAUGAUAAUGAGUUAAUAGGAAGAGCUGCAAUUACACUAAAGUCUAUUCCAGUUUCUGGCCUAACCGUUUGGUACAAUCUUGAGAAAGGAAGCAAGGGUCGAAGUCGAGGAUCACUUCUGGUGAAUCUGGCUUUGAGUGCCGAAAAGAACAAAAGUGUAGCCGUACAGGAGCAUAAGAAUUUGCUGAAACUACUGCUGAUGUACGAGCUGGAAACUUCGCAGGUGGCCAACUACUGGUGGAGCGGAAAGUUCAGUCCAAAUGCCGAACUAAUUCGAUCCCAGCAUGCUGCCCAGAGCGGGCUAACGCCCUUCGAUUGUGCUUUAAGUCAAUGGCAUGCCUACAGCACCAUCCAUGAAACACACAAACUGAAUUUCACCCUUUUCAACUCUAUUCUGGAUGUUGUGGUGCCAGUUAUCACCUAUAUGCAGAACGAUUCGGAGGACGUAAAAACAUUCUGGGAUGGUGUGAGACGGCUGCUGCCCUCGUGCUUCGCAGUUCUACGGAAAUUGAGGUCCAAGAACACUAGUGAUAAGAACAUAAUAAAGGCACUCAAUGUAGUGCUGGAUAUUCUUAAGAAGAUUAAGGAAUUGGAAGUGCCUGAAAGUGUAGACAUUUUCCCCAAAUCGGUAUACGGCUGGAUCCACACAAUCGAUACGGAUGAAUCGUGCAAUAUUGACACUGCCAUUAACGAUGCCAUCAAUACGGGUACCAAAGAAUGGCUGGAACAUAUAGUCGAGGGCAGCAGGCAAUCCAAAAAUAAUGAAACCGAUGACGAAAAGUUGCAAUACAUUAUAAAACUUAUACAAAUGGUACGCUCUGACCUCCAACGUGCAAUGGAAUACUUUGAUAAAAUAUUUUACCACAAAAUUCAGCUUAACUAUUCCGCAAUCCUUUAUUUAUUUUACGACUCAAAACUUGCUGAAAUUUGUAAAUCCAUUAUAAUAGAAGUGUGCAAUAACAUUAAGAGACUAGAUGUGCCGGACGAUCAAUUCGAAUAUCUGCCCAACCUGGAGAAUGUAAAUAUGGGUACUACAUUAUUCGAAGUUUAUUUAAUACUCAAGCGAUAUGUCACUCUGGGCGAAUCCCUGUGUUCCGAAAGCUUGGAAUUGGCCAACUUUUACCCCUGGUUCGAAAGGGGAGUUACUCACUGGCUCGAUAUCUCAAUAAUUAAGGCCUUAAGUCGUAUUCAAAAAGCAAUUGAUUUGGAUCAGCUAAAGGCUGUUGACGAAACAGUCAAAUAUAGUUCUUCGGCUGUAGAUACACUUUCAAUUUUCUAUCAAAUCAAGAUAUUUUGGCAACAACUUGACUGGCCAGAAGUCGAGGGAUCCUACAUAUUUGUGGCCAAAAUUGUCAAUGAUCUUUGUCGGUGCUGCAUUUUCUAUGCCCAACAGAUGUCUCGCAGAGUUGAAAACAUUAACAUUGGUGAUAAUAACAAAAAUUUCACUUUAUCCGAAGAGUGGUGCAUAGCUAUUAACAACAUGGAUUACAUUCGCCAGACUUUACCUUCAUUCAUAAAGGAACUCAGUAUUGAUGAUAUCAUUAAGAGAUUGGGAGAGUAUCGUUCAAACUUAGAGGCUGAACGCUGCGCCAGCACCAUAAAAACUGUAAUCGAAAACGCAUUAGACACUGAACGAAACCAGAUCGUUGAGCUCAUAGAGAUUGUGGCUAGAAAAAUGGCCCCGCCCAUUAAACGAUAUUUGGCCGAAGGUGCUGAGGUCCUGGCCAAGGACUCGAACUCUAUGGACCAGCUAAUGAUGUAUUUGGAGGCCUCGUUGACCACGCUCUAUGAUACUCUUAAUGAAAUUAACUUUCAAAGGAUAUUGGACGGCAUUUGGUCUGAGUUAUCAAUUAUAAUGUAUGACCUUAUACAAUCAAAUCUGGACAAACGUCGCCCACCAGCUUUCUUUCAAAAUUUAAACAACACUCUUCAGACAAUGAUGGAUUGUUUUAAAAUGGGCAACAUUGAAUCUUCGGACGUAAAGAUUUUGUCUACAAUUCAAAGUAGGCUAAGGCUUUAUUCCCUGGAAACAGCAGAUCUUAUCCAUCAGUAUUAUUUGGAGCGACUGGAAACGCAAAAGAGCCAAGAGUCGUCUCCCUAUGGACAACUUACUAUAACGGCUCAAUUAACUGAUUCUGGGUUGUUGUUAACUAUUUUAAACGCACGCAAUCUGCUGCCAAUGGAUUCGAAUGGCUCGGUCGAUUCAUUUGUUAAGGCUAGUUUCAUGCCCACAAGCAGAUUUAAUGAUAUAAUAACAGUGAAGACAAAUGUUCACAAUAAAAGUUGUUUUCCACUUUACGACCAGGAGUUUCGUAUAAACUUGACUGAACAGCAGCGAAAUGAUAAGAACAGCCUGAUUUUAUUCAGUGUCAAGGAUAAAGAUUUAUUUGGAAUGUCCAGCCAAUAUAUAGCAGAGUGCUAUAUCUCAUUCGAAGAUCUCGAGGCAACACCAGGCGAACAAAUAAUGAUGAAUUUAUCCAGACCGGAAUAUACAGAUUCCGAUUCAUUGCGAGCUCUGGAAUACAGAUUAGGUGAUAAGCAGGCCAAGGAUUUCCUUAAAAAAUUGAAAAACCGAUCCUUCUCUUAAAUUUGAAAUUGUUCACCAUACUAUGUUGUGAAAAAAGCAAUAAAUUAUAUUUUUUUACGGCUUUCAACUAAGAAAUAAAAAAUAACAAA